AUGGCGCACACGGUGGAGCUUGGCACUGGCAUGGAGAAUUGCGAAUUGCCUCGCCGAACUGUCGGGUUUGAAAAACAAAGCAGCGGCAAGAUCAACUGGUGCUUGGUAUCGGCGACGUGCAUGUGGCUCGUGUCGGUGCCUGGCGCGUCCACGGGCUCCACUCUCAUGCACGUGGUGGGGCUAUCCUCCCUGCUGCUUGCUACCCAUCCUGCACUGCCGUACGGCCUCAAGCCGAUGCGUUGUGCGGGGUCUCGCAACAUGGCGAGCUGCCUUGAUUCCUGA